AUGACGUCGAUUGAAAUUGAAUCUGCAGAUGUUAUUCGAUUAAUUGAGCAAUUUUUAAAGGAAUCGAACCUUUUGCGCACGUUGGCAGUCCUUCAGGAAGAAACGAAUGUCACGUUGAAUACUGUUGAUAGCAUUGAUUCAUUUUGCAAUGAAAUCACUACCGGUCAUUGGGAUAAUGUGCUGAAGACAGUGCAGCCUUUGAAAUUGCCGGCCAAAAAACUAAUAGAUUUAUAUGAGCAUAUUAUUAUUGAAUUGGUCGAAUUGAGAGAAUUGGCGACGGCGAGGCUGAUCGCCCGACAAACUGAUCCGAUGAUAUUGUUGAAGCAAAUGGAUCCCGAAAGAUUCACGCGCCUUGAAAACCUCAUCAAUCGUCCGUAUUUCGAUAGUUCCGAGGUCUACGGAGACGUGAGCAAAGAGAAGCGACGGCAAGCGAUUGCCCAAUCGCUGUCAUCCGAAGUGCACGUGGUGCCGCCAUCAAGACUUCUUUCCCUAUUGGGACAAUCGUUGAAAUGGCAGCUUCAUCAAGGCCUCCUACCGCCGGGAACCGCCAUCGAUUUGUUUCGGGGAAAAGCGGCGCAAAAGGAGCAAAUCGAGGAGCGAUAUCCGACGCAGCUCGCGCGGCACAUCAAAUUCUCGGCGAACAGCUAUCCGGAAUCGGCGACAUUCUCGCCGGACGGAAAUUAUUUGGUUACUGGUUCUAAAGAUGGUUUCAUUGAGGUUUGGAAUUAUAUGAAUGGAAAAUUGAGAAAGGAUUUGAAAUAUCAGGCCCAAGACAAUUUGAUGAUGAUGGACGAUGCUGUGAGGUGUAUGGCGUUUAGUAGGGACUCGGAAAUGCUGGCGACCGGAUGUGCCGAUGGAAAGAUCAAGGUUUGGAAAGUCGAGACGGGUGACUGCCUCCGACGAUUCGAUCGAGCGCAUGCUGAUGGUGUCGCUGCAAUCCGAAUGUCGCGAGAUAACACGCACGUGCUUUCCGGUGGAAAUGAUCAUAUCGUGCGAGUGCACGGAAUGAAGAGCGGCAAGUGUUUGAAGGAAAUGAGAGGCCACACGUCGUAUAUCACCGAUGUGCGCUACAACGAUGAGGGCAAUCAGAUUAUUUCCAGCUCGGCUGACGGAACAAUUCGCGUAUGGCACACAAAAACCGGCGAGUGUCUGUCGACGUUCCGCGUCGUCGCCGCCGGCGACGUUCCGAUUCAGAACGCGAUACCGAUUCCGAAAUCCGAUCCGCCGCAACUCGUCGUCUGCAAUCGAUCGAACACGCUGUAUGUGAUUAACAUGUCUGGACAAGUGAUUCGGACGAUGAGCUCCGGAAAACGAGAAAAAGGAGACUUUAUUAGUUGCAUUUUGUCGCCGAGAGGAGAAUGGGCGUAUGCGAUUGCCGAAGAUGGAGUCAUGUAUUGCUUUUUGGUGUUAUCGGCGUCUUUGGAGACAACUCUCCCGAUAAGCGAACGAAUGCCGCACGGAUUGGCGCAUCAUCCGCACCAGAAUCUCAUUGCCACUUAUGGCGAAGACGCGUUCCUCAAAUUGUGGAGAGAUUGA